AUGCCCACACGUCCACUACCUACCGCCCACUACCGCCCACUACCGCCCACUACCGCCCACUACCGCCCACACGCCGCACACGCCGCACACGCCGCACACAGCACUCGCACACGCACGCGCCUCGCACUCAGGCACCGCCACCAGCCCAAUGUCGCGACCACGAUGCCGCUCCAGAAGCCUUCACCGCACCGCUUCUUAGCCCCGCACCCGCCGUCCACGCAGACGCCCAAAGCAAAGCCCAAAUCCAGCCUGCGCCAUGUCGUCACGCCGCAGACGCCGAAGCAGACACCCGAGCUGCAGUUCAGGCAGAUCACGCCGGCGAAGCGCUUCGUAGUUGCGUCUGAAACGCCACGCCCGCACGCCGCCGAGGAGCCAGGCUCGCGCGCAGCGACCGACUACACGCCGCGUUCCAAGGCGCAGCGGAAGUGGGAGAGGGUCGAGAGCAUAGAAGAAGCGUCGCAGUCGAGUCCGUCUCGAGGGGCGGGCGGGGACGCAUUCGACGUCGUGCAGACGAUCGAGCAUGGCGCCGCGUUUAUGGAAGAGGGAGAUGAGCACCGCAACGAUGGCAGUGACGACGACGAUGACGACGAGAUCCUCUUCGAAUCCCAGCAUCGCUCCAAACGCCGCCGUACCUCAUCCCCCACGACGCCGCUCCGCCAACCACCACCUCCAGAAACCCCCCUCCCCAGCGCAGCACCGCACCGCUUCCGCUUCCCUCCACCCGCACCCACGCCACUGAGCGCCCUGCACGCCUCCACCACAGCAACGGCAACAACCGCGCCACCACCGCGCCCCCACUUCCUCCUCCCAGCGCGGCCCACCUCCCCCGAAACACCGCCAGCCCCACUUCCCGAGCUCUUCUCCCCCUCGCGCAAAACGCAGAAAUACCUCCCCACCGGCCUAGCCGCAACAGUGCAGCGCUGGAUCAUCGAAGCCGCCCAGACCGGUUUCGCAGCGCGGGAGCACCGGGGCGUAGCGUGGGAGAGAGAAGAGGGCGUGAAACUCAAACUCCGCGUGUCUAGCCUCGGGGUGCACGGUGACGGGAGAAAGAAGGAGGUCAGGUGUCUCCCCGGAACGACGACCUUCCUCCGGGGCGACGCUCAACCGGCGCUGGACGGCGUCGCAGAGAGGUCGACCUUGCUUGCAGAGGACGAGGAAGGAACGGGGACAGACCGACGAGAAGGAAGAAACACAGACCGACGAGAAGCGAGAGACACAGACCGACGAGAAGGAAGAGAGACAGACCAACGAAAAGGAAGAGACACAGACCAACGAGACCUAAGAGUCCUGCUCGCCGGCCAAGGCGGCGCACGAGGCGCUGCAGGCGUCCAGGUGCGCGUCGGCAGCGUUGUGGGCCUCCGCGCGCCAACGUGGCAUGUGUGCGUUGGGGGAAUCGAGUGGCUCGUGGGCGUGGACUGGGCCGUGCUGUGA